AUGGCUUUACUCGUUGAUAAGCUGCGGCCACGAUCGCUCGAUACACUCUCAUACCACCAUGACCUCUCCGCACGAUUAAGGUCUUUGGCCCAAAGCGGUGAUUUCCCACAUCUUCUCAUGUAUGGACCAUCCGGUGCAGGCAAGAAAACUCGCACAAUUGCCACCCUCAAAGAACUCUACGGCCCCGGCGUCGAGAGAAUCAAGAUCGACAACCGAGUCUUCCAAACAACAAGCAACCGAAAGCUCGAAUUCAACAUCGUCUCCUCCGUAUACCACCUCGAAAUCACGCCGUCAGAUGUAGGCAACUACGAUCGUGUCGUCGUCCAGGAACUUCUCAAAGAAAUCGCCCAAACGCAACAAGUCGAUCUCACAGCGAAACAUCGGUUUAAGGUUGUGGUUAUCAACGAAGCGGACCAUUUGACUCGCGAUGCACAAGCUGCACUUAGACGGACUAUGGAGAAAUACAGUCCUAAUCUGAGAUUGAUUCUCUUAGCGAACAGCACGUCGAACAUUAUCGCUCCUAUCCGCUCGCGAACUCUGCUGGUUAGGGUUGCGGCACCGAGCGAGGAGGAUAUUUGUACUGUUUUGGGCAAUGCUGCGAAGAAGGAGGGGUGGACCGAGGCUCCAGGACUGAAUAAGCGUAUUGCAAGCGAGAGCGGCCGGAAUCUUCGCCGCGCGCUGCUCAUGUUUGAGGCCAUCUAUGCUCAGAGUGAGAAAGUAACCGACAAUACAGCGAUCCCGCCACCUGACUGGGAAGCCCUUAUCUCGUUGGUAGCGGAGGAAAUUCUCGCAGAAAGAUCACCGGCCCGGUUGCUGCAAGUCCGUGCCAGGUUAUAUGAUCUUCUAACACACUGUAUACCGCCUACGACGAUUCUCAAGACUUUGACAUUCAAAUUAAUCGCCAAAGUCGACGAUACACUAAAGCCCGAAGUAAUUAAGUGGUCUGCUUUCUACGAGCACAGGAUCACACAGGGCUCUAAAGUAAUUUUCCACCUCGAGGCCUUUGUUGCUAAGUUUAUGCGUAUCUAUGAAAGUUAUUUGAUGGGCAUGGACUUUUAG